UGUAGUGUUCUGAAAGGCGGGAGGUGGCGGAGCGGCGCGGUGCGGGCUGUGCGCGUGACUGCUGCGCGUGGAGGCGGCAGCAUGAAGAGAAGAGCGGGGGAGCGGGAGAAGGAACUGAAGAAAAAGAAGCUUCUUGAAGAACUUGGAGAGGGCAAACUUCCAUACCUGACACCAGCCGAUGCUGAUUUCCAUCAUUUGAAGACAAGAUAUUCCAAGCUAAUUUUCAGAAAGUCGGAUACAGUACCUGAAGAGCUCCAUCACAUGGUACAAGAGGGCUUUUUGACCUUGCGGAAACACGGUUGUUUUUUUCAAGAUCUUGUAAGGAUCAAAGGAAAAGAUUUUUUUACGCCAGUGUCUCGUAUAUUAAUUGGAAACCCAGGAUGCACUUACAAGUACUUGAACACAAGAUUAUUUACAGUUCCUUGGCCUACUGAGGGUUGUGAAAUAAAAUAUUGCAGUUCUCAAAUACAUGAUGCUUGUAAAGCAUUAAUCAAACUUAAUGACUACUUGCAUAUUGAAGCAGUCAAGGCCUUACAAGGACAAUAUCUGUUGGACACCAAAGAUAUCAAAGACACUAGUGUAAUAGAUAGGGAGCAAAAUUUUGCUACUUCGCUUACAGAGAAAGGGUCUUUUUCAAAAGAUCAAAGCAGUUGUUACGUACCAGAGGAUGAUUACACAAGUCUAAAUAACAGAACAUCUUAUAACUUGACUUUAUUAAAUUAUAUGGAUCCACUACAAAUGCCAUACUUGAAACAAGAGCCUUAUUUUGGAAUGGGGAAUAUGGCAGUGAGUUGGCAUCAUGAUGAGAAUCUGGUUGAGAGGUCAACGGUUGCUGUGUACAGCUACAGCUGUGAAGAUUCAUCAGCUGAAGAAACUAGUGAUUGGAACCUGAAGGGAAGAGACCCAGCUGUUUGGCACGUGGGCUUGAAGGUAGCAUGGGACAUAGAGACACCUGGAUUAGCAAUACCACUUCGCCAAGGCGACUUCUACUUGAUGCUUGAUGAUCUCAACAUGACACACCAGCACUGUGUUCUGGCUGGCUUUUCGCCUCGGUUCAGCUCCACUCACAGAGUGGCAGAUUGUUCAAGAGGAACACUGGAAUACAUAUUUGGACAAUGUGAACUGGCACUCCAGAAUUUACAAACUGAUCCUAAUUCAAUGGCUUUAUCUCUGAAAUCAGUGGAAACUGCAGUUGUAAAGCAAGUGGAAGAAAUACAUAAUGAGGUUGAAUUUGAGUGGCUUAGGCAGUUUUGGUUUCAAGGCAAGAGGUAUUUGAAAUGCACUGACUGGUGGCUUAAGCCUAUGGCUAAACUGGAAGAAUUUUGGAGAAAAAUGGAGAUUAUGACGAGCCUGGCCCUCCAAGAAGUUAGAAAAAAGGAACAAACUGAAGAACAAAGGAAUGAAACCAUCAGCUGCUUACUGCUGCUUCUUACUGAGCGACAAAGGCUGCGUAAUGAAUGGACAGCAAGAUGCCAGUCAGAACCAGCAGAGAGCUUGCCAGAAGAGCAGAAGCCAGAAUGCCAUCCCUUCUGGACAAAUGAAGAAAGUAACAUGCCUCUGCCAUUUGAUCUUGAAGAAGUAAUUGUUCAUCUACAAAAUCUUGUUCAGUAGGUAGGAUAUCAGGUCACCUUCCAGCCUAGAAUUAAUAAUAGUCAACAUUUGAAGUAUUUUUUUCAGCUUUCAUCUUUUCUGCUUUAUGGUUCCUUGGUCAUUUGUUGUUUUGUGCUUCAAUGCAAAUUUUAUUGGUUUCCACCUUAGUUUCUGAGUCACAACAAAACAGACUAGGUACCAAACCUAUAGAAAGAAGCAGCUUUUAACAUCUGAAGUCUGGAACACCAACUUCAGGACUUUCCUCUUCCACUCUAAUUUCCAUUGACAGUGUAGCCCAUGGAUAGUUGAGUUUCCACGGGUUCCCCUGCCACGCAUCUUAACUGUCUAGAUUUGGGGCUAGUUAGACUUGCCUGCUAGUCUCAGCACUGCACAUUUUUACGUGCUAAUAUCAUAUUACUGAGAACAGCUGGCAGCGUUUGUCCUGGUAGGGAGUUGUAAAAAAACUUUCCAAACUAGAAACCUCCUACCUGGAACAUCAUGGGUGUAUGUUCCUUUGAAGGACAGUGCUUUCAGGUUCAGCCCAAGGGGUGCACAGUACUGUUGCAGCAGGACAGCUUGCAGGUUGUCUUUUAGGCAAAUUGGAAGAUCCCAUUGCUAGGGUCAUGCUCUAACUGAUGCACAAUUACAUCUACCAUUCUUUUAGAAGAAUGGGAUGAUCUGUCCUUUACACCUGACCGAAGGGCUUAAGUCAGGAAGAGAUUUCCAAUAUUGUAUCUACAUGGCCUCAGUUUCCUGGAACUCAGAAUUCAGUUCCUAACUUUUACAUUAUUUCUGCCUAUUGAUAGUUCUUUUCUGAGCCCAGCUUUCCCAGUGCAUUGUCCAGAGCCAGUGGACCUAGGGUUUCCAUUUUGGGUCAGAUCCCCUGACAAAAUAGUUUUAGUUUGUAUGACACCAGGCAUUGCAACAUCUGUGUUGAUCUAUCCAUGAGAACAAAACCAGAAGCCUAUGAGAAAUGAAGCUGUUUGUGAUCUAGUUUGUAAUAACAUGCUAUAAAAAGAACAAUUCUGUGUUGGAUGAUGUCCUGAAUGAGAGAGAUUUUUCAUUUGGAUAAGUUCUCUUCUGACUUGAACUGUGUAUGCCUUUUCCCCUGUAUAAAAACAGCUAGAAAUUAUAUUACAGUAAAACAGCAUUCAGUCUGUACUACCACUACAGAAAAAACAAACAAACAAACAGUGAGACUCAGGGCUUGACAUUGCCACCAAGAAACAGAAUAUGCCUCCUGUGUUAAUCUUCUGCUUAAAAUCACUGUUGGGGCCAGGCUUACCCAAAGCAUACCAGUAUACUUUAUUGGCAAAAUGUUCUGCGUGUGGAUGGGGCUUGUACUGCUGAAAACUGUACAUUUGACAGUAUAACAUACGCCAGACCUCCCUGCAGCUAAGGAAGCUGUGCCAGCAAAAAUUCAGUUUUAGUGGUGUAAAACUCUGUCCACACCUACCAGCUUUUGCCAGGACAAUUAUAUCAACUAGAGGUUGUACCUCUUAACACCUUUAACACAGCUAUGCCAGCAAAAGUAUGAAGACCUGGAUGAAGCUUUUUCGUUGUGUUCCCUGCCUUCUGCUAAAGCUGUUAGCCACCCUGUAGAAGGAAAUAAACUCUUUGAAGAAUAAAGUAUUUAAAUUAGAUUUAAUUACAUUAUAACCUUGAUCUGCACAUUUAUCUGUUGUUUCCCACUCAAUAAAUUUCUUAAAAUUUUGAAAUACUCUGUUAGGGAUAUAGUUUUUCUUUCCUACACUAGCUAAAGCUGGCUUUACUAGUGGGCAGAUAGCAUAUAUUUGGAUGAAUGCCACGCUAAGUAGUGUUUACUUUGGAUAUCACCUAGAGAAAAGCUAGAGAAAGAGAUGAGGAUGUGGGAAUUCUGCUUAUGGAAAAGGCAGUUCUCACAGAAACAAAUACUACUUUGGAAGUGAGUAAGAUGAGAUCAAACGAGCUAAUGAUGUAACACUGUUAACAUAGGGUUUGAGGGAAUUGUUUGUUUGUUUAUGCUGUUACUUCAUGAUUAGUUUGUGUUUAAUUAAGCGCUGCUGAAAACCACGGGGAUCACAGUAUUGAAAUGAAUCCGACAGCUAUAAAGGGUAGAGAAGGCACAGCAAUGUUGUUGCUGAAGUGGAAGCUAUUAAAAAAUCAUUGGCAAAUAAUUAUUUCCAGCAGCAGUGAAACAACACUGUUUUAUUUUCUUGUACUGGGAGAGUGCUGGCAGCAAUAACACAGUGUUUAAAACUACGUGAUUCUAGGUUUUGUCUAUGCUGAGGGUUAAAGCUAGUGAACUAGCUAAACUAGUUCUAGCCUCAAUCCAGUCAUAUAGCACUCACUUAAGCCAAGGCAAUGACAGAAAACUGAAAAAUUCUGGAAUGGAUGAGACCUAAGAUUCACUGGCAAAAUACCAAUAAUCAAGUGGUUAAAGAGAAUUAAAGCUCUGUGUUGCAUUCAAGUCUCACAUCAUCUGAAUCAGUGUAACAUGAUUGAAUUCAGUUGAAAGGCAGAAGUAUAAGGAGGUUUCAUCUCUCCAAAGCCCAGAAGAGUUGAUGGCAAAGACAUGGGUAAGGUUGAUGGAACUGUUUGAAGCAUAUAGGAAUGCCAAAGGGUGUCCCAAGAGAAGAACGUGGUUAAAGGUAAAUAUCUGUAAAAGAAAACUGAAAGACCAAGCAUGAAUUGUUGCUCUGCUUGAGAUACAUACUAGAAGCAGAGAAAUACUUUGAAGUUUUCUUUAUUUUAUACAUAAUAUAGUUCAUGUUGCAGUGAUACUUCAGCAGUCCAUUUAUAUUCCAGCAUUAGGUAAUGCAGUAUGGUUUUGGAUGAGCCGAAACGCACAGCCCCUGUUGGAUGUUCUGUGUAUAGCAGCUGGUUACCAAGUCUGGAUGCUCUAGAUGCAUGAGGACCAAGGUCAGUUUGUUUCAGGGAAGAGGUGAGAGCAUAAAUUAACUUCUAACGUUAGAUUCAGCUAUUCUUUUAAAAUGGGAAAGUUCAUGGCUUUGUGUACAUUUACUUUUCAUCAGUCAUGAAAGAAUUAAGGUGAAAUAGUUCACUUGCACAUGCAUGUCAGGCAAAAUGGGUUACAGAAGAUACAGAUCAGUUUGCCUGUCUGCUCUUGCCUUUAAACAAUAUUCAUCAAUUUUACAAAAGCUACUGACUAAACAUGGAACCAAUACAAAUGAAAUGCUCAAGGCAAAGGAUUUCUUUAAAAAUGUGAUAGAGUUCGUUUUGCACUUGUAGAAAGAAAAUGUUGGCAGAAAAUGAAAAACUUCUAUUGUUUCUGUAAUGUGGGGGAUGAAAGGUAAAGGCCAUUUAUAAGUAUUUGAUAGAAAACUGCUGUGUUAUGCCAUGUAAAUUAGAAAUGUUUUAAUAAUGCUUCAUUCAUAUCUCUGCAUAUGGAAAUAUUUUAUCUUGUAGGUCGUUUCUUGUUGUUAAAAGGUUAAGUAAAUAAAAAAUAUGAAUCCCGGUGCGCUAAAUUUUAAAGACAUCGUGCUUAUGCUCUGAACUUUACAGAAGAUCCUGAUUAUCUAAAUUGAAAAUAAGAAUGCCAUGGGUACUCAUCAAACAGAAAUUGCCAAGGAUAGGUAACUUGUAGCAUAAUAAAUACUCAAAUCAGUUGUCUCACUCUCAUUUAGAUGCAGUCUUCAGUUUCACAGAUAAUGAAGUAGAUUUACUUAGCAACAUGUACUUGAAAGUCAUGCUAGACUUCUAAUUGCUAUGGGACAGGCUCAGGAAUUCCAGUACCAUAUUGCAGCAAAAAAGGAGGAAUUAAUACAAAAAUCUAACACAAAAGAUAACUAAAAUAUUACAGUGUGUUAACAGCGGACACUGCUCCUUUAUCGGUCGGUGCAGUGCAGUUCCUCUAGUCCUGUGACACACGGUGGAAUUUGGGUUGAUGUAUCAGAGAUUAAACUAGCUGAUGGUAAAGGUGGGAUGAGAGGAGAAGAGAAAUGAGAUGCAAGGGAUGUGCAUUCACAAGAGCAAAACUUUAUUACGUUAACUCAUAUGGGAAUCAUCCAGCAGUAACUUGUACAGUGCAGGCCAUGACCUCUCCCUUGAUUGUUACCACCUGAUGCACAGUUAAUGUUCAGUCCUUAACCCUCCUCAUGCCCCCAGCAGCUGGUCCACAUCUCUUCGGUAGGAGGUGACCACUACCUUCUUCUGCCAAGAUUACAGAGUUGGGAAGAGCACUCGUAUACUGCAGGAACAAGCUGAGCCUCCAUAUCUGUCCUAGCACACCUCUGGCCUACCAUACCUCUGUGGAUUGAGUGCCUCCACAAAUCUGUUUCUGUUGAGAUUUGAGUUGUUGGAACUCAUCAUCUGCAUUGCCCCAUUGGGCUGCUGAGCUGCCAUAGGGAAGGGCCAGACAAACAGGGCACUGUCUGCAGGAAAGCUCCUUUUCCCCUUAAAGACCACUGCACUCCCCACAGCAGGCCAAAAAGCUCAGCUCUAUACUGAUCACUUCACCCUACUACCAGAGCAGAGGCAAUCCUCAAUAGCAACUUGUCUUUCUAGUACAAACUCAAACCCAUCACCUUUAAUGUUACCAGGCAUCACAAUUUGCAUUCAUCUCUCCUAUUCACCUUAACCUGGGGUAUUCAUUGAACAAGAGAAGAUAAUGUAUGCAUUUGCAAAAUGACUGUACUUAAGCUACAGAAUUGGCUGAACAAUAUGUGAAAUAAAAGGCAUCAGAUCACUGAUAAAAUGAGCACAUUAAAAUGCUGAUGUUUGGCAGUGAGUGCUUCACAUAUGACAUGAAAAUUAUGCUUCAUCUCCUCAUUGCUUUGGUGACAGCACUCAAUUCACAUGAUAGAACAGGACAUACUAGUCUACAGUUUACAUCCUCUAAUACCCUGUUGGUUUUACAGUGCUGAAUUUGGACAAAACGUUGCUCUCCUCCCCCUCUAUAUCACCAAAUAUUUGCUUUCAUGCCAACACAUCUUGGUCUGAUUAGUCUCCUUGAUUAGAGGCUAAAGUAAAAAGUCAGGUGUAUAGGAUUCCCAUUAUCCUUUAUUUCACCGGUUCUAAGAACAGGUCAGAUAGAGUUAUUUCAUUGAAAAUGUGAACAAUCAACUUCUGUUUACCAUUAACCUUCAGUUUUCUUUUCUUAAAAUCAAAUCAGGGCUUGGUAGGCAGUUAUUUUCAUACAUGGCCCUUGAUCAGUGGAACAAUCUGUCAAAAGCCAUUAAAACCUCUAUUAGGCUGAACUGCAUUCAAAGCUAAACUACCCAAUCAUUAAAGGGCUGGGAUGAUUGUUUUUAAUACAGUGUACAUUUAUUUCUCUCUGAGUAGUAACAACUUUGAGCAUGUUAACUAAGGCUUUUUACUAUCAGCAAGUCCUGAGAAGCUUGGUUUCUUGUGAAACAUGAAUAUCUGUGUAAAAGAGGAAAAAGUGAACACACUGAAAUAACCUUUAUGUUCUCAGAAAUGCCUCUUCAUUUGUUUCCUUUCCUUGCAUCCAUCAAGGAUGCAAAUGGAAUGGGAAGACAUUUACCAAAGUCCUUUGCUCAAAAGUUUCACCGGAAAAAAAUAACAGCUAAUGACAGUAAUAUAUUUAAGUGACUUUUGAGGUUAAUAUCUCAGGAUGCUUUGCGCAGAGAAACUGAGGUGGAAGUCAGAUGUGUGGCCAUGUUCUGAGCGCUAGUGCUGCAGCAGAGUGUGCAAGAUACCUCAUUGCUGGCAUGUCUCAGUUACUUCCAGUUAAUCAGCUCCACUUACAGCUUAAGGAUGCUCUCAUAGAACUAUUUAUCUCCAAAGAUACAUUUGAAAGUGGAGCUGGAAUCCUUCUCCCUCAUACAACAUUUAACGUAUUAUUUAAUGGCAUAGCAUGUGAUAAUCCAUCUCGUGUAACGGAGGUCUUUCAGGCUUCCUAAUACUUGAUUAAACUUUUGAGUGAAUCUUUUAGUUACCUUCCAAGUCCCCGAGCUCUCAAUGGGAAAAAGUGAAUUUUACUGGGACUAUUAAGUUAUUCCAUGGAGAAUAUGCAAGAGUAUUAAAGUACAGCCCGCACUCUUUUAGCUGUGUUUUAAAUAUGCUCAUUGGGUAGCCCCCAAGGUGACAGAACUGCUGUACUAGGAAACUCUUAAGAAAAGGUGAAGAUGCAUUGCUGGAACAUGCUGGAAUGCUUGCUAUGCACCUGUUAGCACUUUUUGUCUGGUACUUAUUUUGUAGUCUGGUAAUACUUUACUGAGAGCACUACUUCCCUAGUUAUUUUGAUGAACAUCCCAGUAAUUUAUUACUCAAACAUUAUCAAAGCAUUCCACGAUCGUUUCAUUGCUGUUCUUUCCCUUCUGCUUACCAAUGCCCUUUUUUUCCCAUUUGUUUCAUUAUUAACAGUACUGUUAUUAGCAAGUUCUGUUCUUUGUUAAACUGACAUGGCUUUAAAGCAAGAAAGCAUAUAAAGUAAGUAUCAGAUAGCAUUCAUUCAAAUGCAUUUAUUUUCCAGCCAAUUUAUUUGGAUGUUUUUGCUCAUGUUGCUUAUUUGGUAUUGCUACAUCUGAUUUGUAUUAAAGACUAUUUAUGUAACACUGAGAAAUGUAGAGUGAUAUUUAAGUUUGUAUUAUAUAUAUUUGCUACUUUACUCGCUUU